AUGGUAGCUGUGGAACCCGAAAGAAUUCAGGCUGUCUUGCUCUGGAUUAAUGAAUAUGGAUUUGAUGAACGUCUUAAUUUACCCGCCAUUCAGAAAUUGGCGGAGGUGUGGAAGCGACAUCUUUUGGCUAUAGGGACACUAAUAGAAGCGAGAGAGCCAGGCCAAUGCAGUGUUUCAUCUGCUGCUGAUACCUUCGAGUUAGCAUUAGGAGUCUUGAAAGGUGCUGAUGAUGCUAAAAGCCCAGAUCAGAGAGGACGCGUAUCAUCAUUGUCUGCUGAGAAAGCUGCCAGUGGCAAUGAAAGCGAGAUUUACAAAUUCCUAGUUCUAUUUCUACACGAGAUCGCACUCUUCUCCAAAGAUUGGAUUCAGAAAUUCAUCCCUGCCUUACAAGAAAAAAGUUUGGAAACUGCUUUUGCUAGCAUCUUAGAGCAAUGUGCCAACAAUGUUGAAAGCGACUCAUGGUGGCGAUCAGAACCUUUCACCCCGAAUAGGGAUAUAAUACUAACACCUGUUCGAACUGUUGUCCAAACCCCCAAAGUUCGUAAAAUUUCCCAUUCCAAGUUCACUAGCAGAGAAGAGGUAUUCACUACUGACGAUUUGGGCAGUCCUAUUAAGAAUCUAUUAAAUUCUCCUCGUAUCAAUGAGAUGCGGAUAGAACAGUACAGUGUCAAGGAAAGGAAGUUGAAUGAGAAAAUUCAUGGGCUGGAAGAGGAAAAGAUGGUUUUAGAAGAGAAGAUGGUCAUACUCAGAAAAGAGACAACUGAUUUAACAUUAGACUUACACAAUUGGAAACAGAAAGCAUCCGAUUUAGAACGAGAGUUAUCUAGGGCGAAUGAGUCAAACAAGAAGUAUAUGGGUGAGUGUGAUACACUCGAAAAGGAGAAAAGAAUCCUCGCAAAGCAAGCUGAAGACAAGGCUAUGAAUGUUGAAAAGUUCAAAGGUUAUUUGGAAGAUUCGGAGAACAAAAGGUCUCGAGCAUUAGAAGAAAUCCAAGAACUUCAGCUCAGACUAAAAACCUAUGAGGAAAAUCUCUCCUUCAUAAAGGAUGAGAAGGAUAGUUUGUACUCUGAAAAUAAUCAACUGAAGCGUAAUGCUGCUUUGAUGGAGAAGCAAGCGCAAGAUUUAAUCUCCAAGGUUGAUACAGCCCAUGAAGAGCUUCAACGUGAAAAACUCAAUUUCACAGAGAAGCUCAAGAGUCAGGAACAUGAACUAGUCAUGAUAAUAGAAGAAGAGAGGAAUCUUCGACUAGAAGCCCAUCGUAAAGUUCGAGAGUUGGAAGAGGAGUUGGCAGAAAAGAAUGCGCUCUAUUUGGAAAACUUGGAAAGAGAAAAAUUAAGUGCUCUGAGGUAUAAACAAUCGAAAGAAGAAGCUGAAGAGAACUUGUCGGGAAAGAAGAAGGAAUGGGAAGAGUAUAUCAAAGAAAUGAAGUCUUCUCAUGAGCGAGAGGUCAACAGUUUGAAAGAAUUCAACGAUUACUUCGAGAAGAAACAUGAGUCACUAAAUGAGGAAAUGGAGUUUUUGAAAAGCAGCUUAUCAAAGAGUAACUCGGAAUUCUCAGUGCGGGAGAACGAUUUCUUAGAUUGUAUGAAAACUUUGAAAAUGGACUUAGAAAAAUCUGAUACUGAAAGGAAGUUAUUGAAACGACAAGUUGUUGAGACGGAAUCUCAGAUUGCUCAACUACGUAAGGAUUUAAAUGACACCAGUGAAGAUAAACGAAAACAAGUUACCGCUCUUGAAGAAUAUCUGGAAACAGCUAGAGAGAGAAUUGCAGAGCUUGAAGAUCAUGUCUACGGCUUGAAAGCUGUGUUGAGAGAUAUGGUGGAGAAGUUCAGUACAGCUGAAACUUUCAUGGAAAGUCUUGUCGAUGAAAAUGCUGCUCUUCGUGAACAGUUGGAAGAUCUUGAAAAAGUGAAAAUUGAGAUUGAAGAAGGAGAAAUGCCAAUCCCAGAUGAUUUCCCAGUGAAGGAAGAGACACUAGAGCAAGUCGAGCAAAAAAUUAACGAGUUAGGAUUGGAAGAUAACACAGAAGAGGCUAAUGACGAAGUUUUGAGAAUUUUGGAUGAUGCCGUAACCUCAGGUGAUCAAAUGGGUACCGUUAUGCCUGAUGUUAAUGAGGAUGAAGAGCCAUGCGAAAUGUUCUCAACACUACUGGAUGGUUCCUGUGUAUCGAAUGCUUUCCUUCCACCACGAGAGUCACAUAAAGGCGAAAGUCAAGGAGAUCAACAAACCUCGGCAAAGCAGGAAGUAACACGAAGGAGCUCUUUCGAUUUCUCUGUACCAUCAGUACCGAAGAAGUCCCCACAGACAGUAGAAACUGAUAAAAGUAGGAUCACAGAAUUGAAACAACGAAAUACGCAAGUACCAAGUGCCCUCAAGUGUUCGUAUUCCGUUGAGACAAUGAAUUAUUCUUCUCCUUCGGGAGGAGAGUCUUCCAUUAAAGGAAAGAAUACGGGCUCCAAAACAUUGAUGAAGAGAAUGUCACAUAUAAUCAAUAGGAAGGGAAAGGAAAAUGAUCAAGCUCACAGCACUAAUAAGGUACCCGAUACGAUGGGAAAGGCUUCAAGAGGACCGCUUGUAAAUAAAAAUUCAUAA